UAAUUGCUCCAUACUCGAAAUUAACCAGCCCACCAUAACUAUGAUCGCAAUCACGAUGAAGCUUCUUCAACUUUCGGUAGUUCCACUUCUCAUGUUCAGAGGUACUCUUGAGUUAACGGUAACCAAUACCAUCAGCAAUUUACGUCCAUGUCUCGGAGAAACGAUAACGCUGAGUUGUAACGUGGAUGGAAAUGCCACCAAUGUAAUAUGGUACAAGGACAGACAUCCCAUCACAAGAGCGAUUUUUUUGUCGUACAAUUGUUUAGUAGCUGCCGAAGAGUAUAAAUCGAGACUAACAAACGUUAAGUGUGAUACGAAUAAUUAUGAUUUUCAAUUAAGUAAUGUUCAGAUUUGGGACCGCGGGGAUUGGGGGUGUGAGGCUGAUGGAGAGGAGGCCACAACUAAGCUGAGAUUGGAUGCUUUAGUUCCAACCCUCACCCCGGCCGUCACAAAUCCUUCACCGAUCAAAGUUGGAGACACUGCAAAAUUCACCUUCAAUGCCGAAAAUGAAAACGUCACGAAACCAGUCACGUACACGUGGACUAAAAAUGGCACCACUGUGUCACCAGGGACUAAAGAACCAGUUCCGCACAACGUUCAAGUCAGGAUUAGUAAGACGCCUGUGAACGAACAUGAAUACGUGCGGUUUGAAUGUGCCACCAGCGGCGACAACCCAGUGGUCAUCGAGCGGUGCCAGUGGCUCUGGAUGAAGAGUGGAUCGACCGCGGAACAGGUCAUCCAAGACACCGCGACCAGCACGCAGAAUGGAAAGUUCUUGGAGUUCAUGCGUAUACCGUACGAUAGGAGUGGAAAGUACUCAUGUAAGGCUUGGAUCCUUGGUAGGAUAGAACAGGCAUCGACAGUCCUGAAUGUGCAAUACUCUCCUAGAAUAGACCCUGAGGCCAAAAUGAAGUAUGACGUGGUAGGCGACAUUGGCAAGGAGGCAUCGUUUGAACUAUUCAUAAUCGCCAACCCGACUCCGGCGACAACUGGUUACAUCUGGUCCAAAGAUGACAACAUCCUUUCGAACUCAUCGUCCGACUAUGAAAUAACUUCCAGGCCGAUGUCGAGCAAGUUGAUCAUCAAAAUUGUCAAAUCCUCCAAUUAUGAUAACUAUACGUGUUCUGUGAAAACGAGCGGAUUUCAAGCGAAGGUUUUCAAAUUUAAGCUCCUCAAACCAGAGAAUACCCAAACGUCCCUCCUAGGUAUGAAUCGGAUAGGUAAAAACAAACCUUGCAUUGGAAACAAGUGA